AUGGCAAUUACCGAGCAAUUGAGACAAUUGAUUAAAAACAAGUAUACUACCGCCUUAGAGAAUAAAGAUGUUCUAUUUGUUGAAGCUGACUCCACUAAAGUGGUUGAUAAAAAAACUGGGAUGAAAUAUGUCGUUAGUUUUACUCCCAGUUUAAAGAGCAAACCGGAGAGAGCAGAUGCAGAAAAAGAUAAAAUAGAUCCAUUUGCUAAACUUGAACCUGAACUAACAGUUCUAGAAGACGUUACCGGCAAUGGAAGAUACAAAUUAGUUUUGAAUAAAUUUCCAGUAGUUCCAGAGCAUAGUUUAUUGGUAACUAAUGCGUUUGAGCAUCAGAUGGCUUCAUUGACGCCAGAGGAUUUAAUUACAAGCUACGAAAUUAUUAGUAAAUUAAAUAUAAAUGAUAAUGGCGAUAGACAUAUGGUUUUCUAUAAUUCGGGACCAUUAUCUGGUUCUUCGCAAGAUCAUAAACAUUUGCAAAUUAUGAAAAUACCUGACGGACUAACUACUUUACAAGAUUCGUUAUGUAAUGGUAGGGAUCAUUACAUUCCCACACCGAGAGAAGAACCUUUACAAAAUGAUAAAGUAGCAUUUGCACAUUUUGCAAUCCCAUUACCAACAGACUCCACUGAAAUCGAUGAAGAUUUACUAACCAUAUCUUACUUCUCACUAUUGCAAAGAGCACUGACAUUUUUCCAAGAUUGGUUAGAAGAGAAACCUGAACUCGCUGACAAAAGAAGUUACAACGUAAUUAUGACUCAAGAAUGGUUAUGUGUAAUCCCACGUUCGAGCACACAAGCAAAAUCAUUACAAAUAGGCUUUAACGCUACAGGAUACACAGGAUUCGUACUAGUCAAAGAACAAUCUGUAUUCGAGAAAAUUAAUCAAGAUCCAUCUCUACUGAAUAAAGUGUUGUUAGAAUGUGGGUUUCCUUCUACGGCAGGACAAAAGACCACAGAGUACAACUACUAA